CAUUGGUUCUGUGAGAGCGCAGACGACAACAUGCCCUGAUAUUUCAACCAGAUAUUCGCACCAAAGUUGGCUAAAAGGUGUUUCGAGGAGUUUUUGAGAUGUGACAACGCCAUAGACUAUGAUGUGACCACAUAACACUGGGAUUUAACAAGUUUUGAGUCAAACUGGAUGCGUCUGUACGGUUUUAUUAAAGGAUUUAUGAUGUGUUUAGACUCUUAAACUAACAAUAUCAAUAUGGAGUUUAGGUCGUUGAUUCAAUGGAUAUACGGUUGUAUCCCUCUCAUACUGACGGGGAUCGCCUUUGCAUAUGGCGGCUGUCCGGGGGACAUACCAAUGGCGGUAUCGCACUGCAUGACGGGAUUCGACGCACAAGUCCAGAUGUUGGGGGAACCGGACACGAUAUUUUCAGGGAUAGAUGUAGAAAGUAUUCGCGUCAUGUGCUCGACGUAUAUGUCGAGCAUGUUGUGUAUAGCGAUGAUGAGGAAGAGUUGUCCAGCGAAACAGCAAGAAAAAAUAGAUAGUAAAAUUGAACACGUCUUAUAUCUUAGAGAUUUAUGCACUCGACAAAAUUUUUACGAAUUGUACGCUAUGCAUCAAACGUGUUUCAGUCGACUCCGGUCGAAAUCUUCAGAGUGUUAUACUAAUUUCGAAUUGAAUACGAAUUCAAUAAUGAAGCUGGCGAUGACGGGGAACAGGCCAGCCAUCAAAGAAUGCUGCAGACGCCUGGACGUUCUCCUGGAGUGUGUCAACAAGAACGUGGAGACCGGCUGCGGGGUGGGGGCCACCAGCCUGGUCGAAGACCUAGUCCGACCCUCAGUCAAAAUAGGCCUCAUCUGUAAACUGGAAGCAAUCACCACCACACCGCCACCCCCUCCCACCACAAAGCCGAGGAAACCCCCAGAAAAGCCCUACUCUCCUCGGAAGAAGGACAGAUACAAGACGAUCAAGGGUGCAGGAUCAAGAGUGGUGCCCUCUAUUGACAUUGUUUUAGUGAUUGGCCUCUUACUUGCAAGAACUGUCAUGUGAUCAUUACAUCACAACGCUUGGAUUCUAAUUGGAUAAAUGACUUGUGCGGUGAUGGAUUUUUAAAAACGACAUUUUGUAAGUAUGCACGUGACGUGAUCACGUGGCGUCAUGUGACGAGUUGCGAGAUUUUACGUGAUGCCUUUGAACUCCGGAUGGAAGUAGGGUAUUUGUGUACAGUUUUGUAAUCAUUGAUAGAAUCACCGUGAAAGUUUUCACAAAAUAUUUGUAAAGAAAAACUUGAGUAUUGUAUCGCUUUCAUUGGAUGAUGGGAUGAGAGGUGCCGGUGCUACAUGUAGACAGGGGAAGUUGAAACAAUUUGUUGCUCCGGGAGCACCCCGGAAGACAGAAAGUAGGUGGGAUGGGACGGGUUAAUGAAUGGAGAAUUGUCAAAAAUAAGGUCUAUACAUGGUCUUAUUGAACUGUCGAGGAUGAUAACAAAAGGAUGUUCAGUCCGAAGCAACGUCAUCUACGCACAGCUAGAGAAACUCAGUGACCUGGUAUUCUCUCCAGCUAGACAUCUGCCUACUAAUGAGUUACACAAUAUUGUACUUAUUGUUGGGUUUCAAUCGCCAUCUGAUGAGAAAUAUCACAAACCACAACACGGACUGGUCUGUCGUGAGCAGAUGCCCCUGCUGAAAUUGGCGAGUUCCGUUGCGAACGCCGGAAAAGUCUCUGUCAUGUUUUGUGAGUGGGUUGUAGGAUGGCGCGGGAGAGGGGAGGCGGGGACGGGGUUGCAUUGCAUGAUGUAAUGGCCAGUAAUAUGCCGAUUCUUUAAACUAGUAUGAAUGGGAAGGCUGUCUCAUAUUUUAAUCUGCGAGACGGACAAGUUCAGUCGUUACGUUGACUCGCCCUUGCCGUUGUAGGCCUACGACCUCCAUGAAAGUUAUUUCGUCGGGUCGAUGUUAUCGAUAUUUGCCCUGACAACCCUUUGAUAAGGCAGCAGAACAAUGGAAAUCUAGGCCGAGGUACGAGCGGGUUUUGUUUAAAUACAAUAGACCGUGUAUUGGGCGAGGCCUAAUUCUUUUAACUGCGUGGUCGGGGUAAAAUAAGGCCAUGAUGGUAACUAUAGGUGACAUGCUUGAAGUUCAGCAGGUUCAUGUUCAUGUAUAUAAGAAUUUAAAUGUACAUAUAACGUAGAAACAUUAAUUUCAUAAUUGUAAGCCGUUCGAUUGCACAAUCCAAUACUCCGGUUGAACGGGAGGGGGGGGGAUGUGCGAGAUUCACGUGAGAAUAAGUCGCCCUGCAAACGAGAGAUUUUUGUUGUUGCAACCUGCGAUCAUCGUUUUGAGUACGGCUUAAUCUCAUACCUGGUAGAUAAAAAUCCUUACUGUAAAACCUUCUAUGAGCUAUCUAUCCCUGAUGAGGAGCUCAGAGAUGUUUCUACAGUAUUUUCGAUUUACCAUAUCAUCACUAGUUAACCAUUUUCACGAAAGAACAUUUCGUACCAAGAAACGCACCUGUAGCAGAAGCGCAUCGCAUACAGGCGAUUUUUAUCGCAGCAUGCAAAAUUACUUUUCGCAUCGCUUGUCUGCAAGAGUCAUUACAGAUAUCUACGAUACGAAUCUGUCAUUGAGGUUAUGUAUGUGUGAACUGACACAUCGCUGCAAUCAAAAUCGCUUGUCUACCGCGCAAUUUACAAUUUUACUUCGGGCCUGCUACAUUGCGAAAAAAGUGUUGGCCUGGAAAGGUACUAUGAAGACAGAUGGACGAUGCCUGUGCAGAGCGUCAAUCGCAGCGCUAGUAAAUGUUGAUGUGGAUACGGGCCUUUUGCAUAGAGCAUGCCACCUGCAGCAUUCCUUUUCCCCCGGCCGGGACCUACCCAAACCGCUUAAAGGCCAUAGUCAAAAGCUCAAUAUCAAGUGACUGAGUGAGAACGGCGGCAAGGUCAGCCGCAGCUCUCUUCUAAUAGCUUUCUGGUCCACGGCCAUGAAGACAAAUUGGGUGAAAAAGGUCUUCGGAACAGUGAGAAUUUUCAUUUCCCUAGCAUAACUUAGCCCUUGCGUUUGCACAGUUUCGUAAGACACCUGUGAGCCAUCUAAUGGACACGAACAAUGUUAUUUGGGUUUGACUGUAAACUAUGCUGUGUUAAAUUAAAUUAUGUAUCAUUAAAUAUGUGGCCAUAUUUCGACGAAAUGUAAUUCUCUUGAAAUUUUAAUAAAGAUUAUGAUUUCGAAGUUA